AUGAUGAUGACGACGUGCCGUCUGCUGUGCGCCCUGUUGGUGCUUGCCCUGUGCUGCUGCCCGUCCGUGUGCGUGGCACAUUCUACGGAUGAGACCAUUGCUGCUACUCAGGUUGAAGAUGUAGAAGAACCCACCAGCUUGAGUUCUUUGUCCUCUGAGUCGCAAGUGGAGGACAAUUCCGAUGAGGAACCGGGUUCAGAUACGGGGUCCAGUGAGGACAGGGGAACAAAAGUGCCAGUGACCCCAGGUUCUUCCGGUGCCGUAGUGCAAUCAAAUGAGGCGGAAAUGCCGGUACAGGAAGGAGAAAAGAAAGGCACGACAGAAGAUGAAAAUGAUACAACAGCAUCACAGUCGCGAAAUAAAGGGUCCACUGUGGAACAAGGAGAGGCUGACGUAGGUGGUGUAAAAGGUUUGACAGCUCCGAAACGGCAGUCAGGCGAUGUUAUCGAUACUGUACACGCAGAAGAUGGGAGUACGACAGGGCCACAAAGCCGCACGAGUACAUCCGCAGAUAAAGCAGACCAGGAGGUCAAGGAUGCUGCCCAGACGACCACAACCACGACCACUACAAAGGCACCAACCACGACCACUACAACACAGGCACCAAGCACUACGACUACAGAGGCGCCAACCACGACGUCCACCAGCGCACCGUCACGUCUUCGGAGUGUCGACGGCAGCCUCAGCAGCUCUGCGUGGGUGUGUGCCCCGCUGCUGCUCGCCGCAUCCGCGCUGGCGUACACCACUGUGGGCUGA